AUGGCCCAGUCAGACAAAAUGUUGCUGCAGGUGGUGUCGGCCUCCAGUAAUUCAUCCUUGCUUCAGCCAGGCUUCUCCCUCCUGAAUUUUGAUGGGCAUGUUUUCUUCUUUGGGCAGAAAGGAUGGCCAAAGAGGUCCUGUCCCACUGGUGUUUUCCUCCUCGAUAUAAAGCAGGAUGAGUUCAAAAUGAAACCAGCCACCUUCUCUAAAGACUCCUGUUACCUCCCCCCUCUCCGCUACCCUGCUCUUUGCACACUCAGAGGCAAUGCAGAGUCUGAUGACUGCCAAUAUAUCAUCCACGGUGGGAAAACACCUAAUAAUGACCUUUCUGAUAAGGCUUACGUUAUGAGUCUGGUAAGCAAAAACAGCAAGAAAACCAUGUUCCAAUGCAUUGAGAAAGACCUGGGUGGAGAUGUCCCUGAAGCUAGAUACGGGCAUACAAUUAACGUAGUUCAUAGCCGGGGAAAAAGCGUGAGUGUUAUAUUUGGAGGGAGGUCAUACACUCCUCUUGCACAAAGAACCACUGAAAAAUGGAACAGUGUAGUUGACUGUUUGCCAUCUGUGUUUCUCGUUGAUUUUGAAUUUGGAUGCUGUACAUCAUACAUACUUCCAGAGCUUCAAGAUGGACUUGCUUUCCAUGUUUCUGUUGCCAGAAACGAUACAGUCUACAUUUUGGGAGGUCAUUCACUUCAAAAUAACACCAGGUCCCCCAGCUUGUACAAGCUGAAAGUUGAUCUCCCACUGGGCAGCCCAGCUGUUACCUGCACCAUCUUGCCAGGGGGAAUAUCUGUGUCAAGUGCUAUAGUGACUCAAAUGAGUGAUACUGAAUUUGUCCUUGUUGGGGGCUACCAGUCUGACAGCCAGAAACGGUUGGCGUGUAACACAAUAGUUCUGGAAGAUAGUAAGAUAGAGAUUCUUGAAAGGGUGGGCCCAGACUGGACACAAGAUAUUAAACACUGCAGGGUGUGGUUUGGCUAUGAUAUGGGCAAAGGGUCUGUAUUGCUGGGCAUUCCAGGGGCCAACAAACAGUUAAUCUCAGAUGCUCACUACUUCUACAUUUUGAGAUGCAAAGGAGCAGAAGAUGACAAGGAGGAAGAACUGACAACAGAAAUUUGCAGUCAAACAUCGACUGAAGACCCUGGAGACUCCACUCCAUUUGAAGAUUCGGAAGAGUUUUGUUUUAGUGCUGAAGCCAAUAGCUUUGAUGUUGAUGAUACUGACACUUACAAUGAAGAUGACGAAGAAGAUGAAUCAGAAACAGGCUACUGGAUCACCUGCUCUGCCAGUUGCAAUAUUGACAUUAACACCUGGGUCCCUUUCUAUUCGACAGAGCUCAACAAGCCGGCAAUGAUCCUGUGUUCCAGUGGGACUGGCCACUGGGUCCACGCACAAUGUAUGGAUCUCUCAGAGAGCAUGCUCCUACGUCUUUCAGAAGCAAAUGUCAAGUACUUCUGUAAUGAGCAUGUUCACCUUAAUAAAGGGCUACAAACUCCCAAAAAGGUGCACCUGAAAAAGCAACCCAUGAAACCAUUGCGCAAAAAGACAACCAUGAAGUUAACUACGCCAACAAAAAAGUCCUUUCUUCGGAGAUUGUUUGAAUAGAUUUACACUGAUGAUUUGUAUUCACCUGGGAGGAAAUGCAGUCUCAAAGACAGCUAGUAAUGGUUCAAGCAGAAUGGAUUAUUGGAGCUCAAAGAGAUCUUUUCAUUUAAUUUAUUUCGAUUAUCUCAAUAUUUCGGUUAGAUUUCAAAGCUCAUGAAUUUAUUUUGUCUCGUGUAUUUUUGUGAUAUCUGGAUAGGAACCCCAUCACAGAGGACAUUGUACAAACAAUGGUAACUGGUAAUUGUGUGGUGUAUUUUAUGCUGUAACUUACUCCCCAGUUAUCCCCAGUGAGUUUAAUGGAACUGUUGGUAGAAUAAGACAUUAUCCCAUGUACUCAGUGCUGUUAGCAUCUGUCCAUAAAGGAC